AUGACCGCUGCUGCCCUUGCCGAGCGUAAUUCACAGCAAGGCCCUCACAAGUGUACACGUAUCAAUCCCUCAACUGGCAAGCCCUGCAACAGCAUCUUCAGCAGACCAUACGAUCUCACUCGUCAUGAGGAUACUAUCCACAACCGCCAGAAGCAAAAGGUUCGUUGUCAGUACUGUCGCGAGGAGAAGACCUUCUCUCGUGCAGAUGCACUCACGCGUCACAUGAGAGUUGUUCACCCCGAGAUCGACUUCCACGGUAAGCGUGGACGCAAGGGCGAUCAUUUCUAA